AUGUCUUACCAGUGGAACAGCGCAAGAGCCUCCCUAGACCUCAGGAAACCACAUCAGCAAUUGGCAGGUGUGAAGGGCUCGGACCCUUCCACUUUGGCUUAUCAGCAGCAGCAGCAGCAGCAGCAGCAACAACAUAGCCAGAAGAUGCCUCUGUCGCUGCCUUCAUCGCUUGCACAGCGGAACUCGAUACCCUACCCCAUCGAUGCCAUCACUUCGGAUCCCACCAUCCAGGCGCAUUUGAGUGCGUAUGACCAGGAUCGACAGUACUCGGUGGGCGUUGCUGCGGCAAGCAGCAACAUAAUACACCCUUCCAGCUCUAAUAAUAUUCCCUCCUCUCAAACUAAUAAUAACAACAAUGAGGCCACCAACAUGGGCUCAUUGACCGAUACGUCUAUUUUGCCUGUAGCAAGAACUUCGCUCCAAACUCACCAGAAACUGUAUAAUUCUAACCAAAGUGACCCCAGAUCACCUCUGGUGAUACUGAUACCCACUUCCGCGCAACCCACCGAGAUACUGGCUGCUCGGUUCUCUGCCUGGAGAAGUGUCAUCCGCGCCAUUGUGGUGUAUCUGUCUGAAACUGCUUCCAUACAGGACGAAAUCAUUAGGCAGCAACUAAGACUGUCCCAUGCUGUGCAGUUCCCUUUCUUCAGUAUUGAAAACCAAUACCAACCAACCUCCAAUGAGGACAAGUCCAUGCAGAAGUUUUUUCUGCCAUUGGGCAGUGGGUCCAUACAGGAUUUGCCCACGAUGUUGGCCAAAUAUCAUGAGAAUUUGGCCUCUUUAGCAUUGAAGAGUUCUAAAGAGUUGACCAGUGAAAUCAUUCCAAGACUAGAAGACUUGAGAAGAGACUUAUUGGUUAAGAUCAAGGAAAUAAAGUCUUUGCAAUCGGACUUCAAAAACUCUUGUAGUAAAGAGUUGCAACAAACCAAAUAUUUGAUGAAAGCCUUCAAUGAAUCCCUGAAAGACUGUAAAUUAGGCAGCCCGAAGAAUGACCCUUUCUUAAUAAAGUUACAAUUGGAAAAACAAAUUAAAAGACAGUUGGUCGAAGAAAACUAUUUACAUGAGGCAUUUGACAAUUUACAAAAUUCAGGGGCUCAGUUGGAGAAUGUCGUUGUGAUGGAAAUACAAAACGGGUUAACCAGCUAUGCAAGAAUCAUUGGGAAGGAAGCUCAACUGGUAUUUGACUCUGUCAUCUCCAAACUAGACUCCACACUCUUAAACAAAAACCCAAAUCUUGAAUGGGAUAACUUCAUUCAGAAAAAUACUUCCAAUUUCGUGCCGCCAAAUUUGCCAAUGAGGAAAUUCAAAGAGAUUUCAUACAGCAACCAACACGACCCAUUCACUGUAGAAAUCAAAUCUGGAUUCCUAGAGAAGAGAUCAAAAUUCUUAAAAUCAUACUCGCGUGGGUUUUACGUUCUCACCCCAAGCUUUUUACAUGAGUUCAAAACCCCAGAUAGGCACAAGUUUUCCGUCCCGCUAAUGUCUAUACCACUAGUUGAGUGCACCGUAACUGAACAUUCCAAAAAGGCGAAAUCAGACUCCGACCAAGGCAAUAACAAAUUCAUACUCCGGACGAAUUCCAACGGGUUGAUACACAGAGGCCAUAACUGGGUAUUCAAAGUGGAUUCUUAUGGCGAUAUGAUGGAAUGGUUUGAAAAUAUCAAAGCCUUAUCAAGCCUACCCAACUACGAUGACAAAUGCAAAUUUGUUAAUAAAGUUACGAAACAACUCAAAACUAAAACCAAUGAUGACGAGAGCUCUAUGCAAAACAUAACGGAUGACCAACACACGAGACCUGAUGACGUGAGUAGUAGUUUCCCCAUGAACUCCAUCCCUAGAUUAGACAAUGUGACAAUCACGAACACCACCUCAUCCAUACCGGAGACCAAUGAUUCACAAUUACAAAACAGAAUUCCUGAAUUUUGUAUCGAAAAUGUAGAUUCUCUAAGGAAAAUCUACCCCAAGUAA